AUGAUCAGAUGCGGAGGUGAUCGCUGGCUUCUUCUCUUGUCGGGAGCGAGGCUGCGGGAGGUCGUGCCGUCGCCAGAAGGGAGGUUCAAGGCAGCGUCGCGCGUCUGCUCUCGCGAUGGCCCAUCCGUCGCUCGUCCCACCUCCUCCUCUCCCUCUCUCGAUCCCCUCUGCCUCGCACGCCGCCACCGCUCGCCCUUGCGCUGCCUCCGCCUCAGCUCGCCCUCGCGCCGCCGCCGCCUCCGCCUCCACUCGCCCUCGUCUCUCCUCAUCAGGAGGAGCGCAGCUCACCGCCGGCCCUCGCAAGAGAGGUCAGGGUUAGGGUCUCGGCCCGGGGUGGCUACUGCGGAGCUCCUGGCGGGCUACCUCCUCUGCCUGCUCGCGCUCGCGGCGGCCAAGGCGACCACACUGCUCUGGGUCACGCGUCGUCGCUCCGCUCCACGACGCCACGCCGCUCCCCCGCGCCUCCUCCCGGUCCUCCAGGUCCACUCUCCCGCGCAGCUCCCCCGCUCCUUCCUCCCAGUCCUAAAAUCCUUUCUUCCCCCCCCCAUGAGCGCAGGAACAAGAGGAUGCAGACGAAGCAAGGCUUUGGCAUUCCGUUCCACCAAGUUCUUCCAGCAUGAGGUACACAAAGAUGAUGAGGUCAGAGCCUUGUUUAAGCAAGUGCAAGGAGAAGUCCCUGGAUUGCCUAUAAUUGUUAUGAAGGUGGCAUCUCAGAGAUGACAUCUAGAGGAUCAGUUGCUCUGUGACAAGCAUGGCAACGUGGCAUCACUGCAAAGUCGAGACUGUAGUGUUCAAAGAAGGCACCAAAAGCUGAAUUAGGGAAGGAUGCCGAAGUUACAUGUACACAACCCUUAUUCUGCUAACUAUGACUCUCUUUUGGAGAUCGCUUGCCUUUUGGAAGUUGUUGGCCUUUGGUUACCCCAAGAGGAAUUUUUAUGGCUUGCUAAAUGGGCCGUAGCUCCUCCCUCCCUAGCCCCACUUUGUCUCCCCUGUGAUUUGCCUGUUCCUGAUCUUGGUGGCUGGCAUGUCUCAAAUUUUCAUUGGGCAGGGCUACUAACGUAAAGGAGCAAACUGGAAAUUCCACCUGCAUAUUUUAGGGUUCUUGCGGAUCAUGCUGGUCAUUCCUGGGCGCUGGAGUGGGCCAACUUCCUGACGAUGGGCAAGAUGGAGCUGAUCGGCUGCUCGGUGGUGACCAUGAGGUGAGGCGUGGUGCCAGCGGCAGCGGGUGCAGGAAGCAGCAACAUUAGAGAUGGGCGACGAGGCACGCUGUUCACUCCCUCUGAAGGAAGAAUUGAUGUAGUAGCUAGCAUUCAUUUUUAGAUACUAUGCAUCUUUCUGAGUUUUUUGGCAGUAGAACGCUAUGUAUCUCUAAACAUCUGCAGUAGAGAGCUAUGUAUCUGUAAACAUUAAAGAUUGUUGCGUCAAAGAGCAGUAGCACCUCCUUGUCAUUGUCAAUACCUGUUGAUAUUGUGUAGUACAUCAUGAUUAGCUACACUGGAAACAUCUGCAAAUAUUACUCUUGCGUUAAUCACUGUAUAUUUUAUUCCUGUUUUA